AUAUACAAAGAAUAGUAAGUAGAUAAACUAAGCUAGAUACGCGUAUUACUUCUCUUAGAUUUCCCACUUCGAUAGAUACUUGUAUGGGUUAAAUUUCAUGAUAGUCAUCCAACUUUCAUUUUAUUGCACUAAAGUUAUAGACUCAUUUUUCAAAUGAAAAAGUAACUCAAUUGUGUCUAUAUAUAUCACAAAAGAAAUUAUAAAACAAAAGCCGAAAAUGCUAAAUUCGAUCUAGGAAACACAAGUAGGUUGGCCACUUUAGCAGCUCACCUUACAUAAUAUCCAUGUGACACCAAUUACAAAAAUAAAAAGAAUUGAGUAUUAGGUUGCGUUAGAAAAUGAGUUCAUGUGAAUAUUAUGUACGGUGAGUUGCUGAAAUAGCUAUACUUACAUGGCUAUUUUGUAAAUACAGCAGCCUACAUGUGUUUUCCGGGGCUAAAUUUUGCAUUUCCCGAUAUUAUAUUUUAUAAUAUAUAAGCACAAUUGAGUUACUUUUUCGUUACAAAAAAUCAGUUUAAUAACUUUAAUGGAAUAAGCUGAAAGUUGGAUGCCGUGAAACUACCCCAUAUUUAUAUGCCUCCUACAUAUAUAUCUUGAUCAAUCCACUCAGUAGUAUUAAAAAACAAGGAACAAACCACUUUCAUAUCUCUUGACAGCCUGCUCUUUCAUAAUGGACAGCAGGAGAUGUAAAUGCAAGUGGUGCGGCACGAAAAUGUCAGCUCCCAUUGGAGCACAAACCAUUUCCUGCCCAAGGUGCCAAUCUGUUACACAACUCCAACCUCCAAGAAACAACAACGGCUUUGCCGCUGGGGUUAUUAACAAUAUUAUGGGUGCAGUAGUUAACACAGGGUUUCCAGCAAGGCUGGGAAGGAUGAAUCCAACAAAUGCCAAUAAUUGUCAGCCUCAACUGUUCAACAUGUCACCACAGAUUACUAUGCAACCUCCAGCGGUUCAUGGACGAAAACGAGCGGUACUCUGUGGAAUAACCUACCGUGGGCAUUCCAAGAGUCUGAAAGGAAGCAUUAACGACGUUUUAUCCAUGAGAUAUCUUCUGGUUCAGAAGUUGGGUUUCCCCAAUGCAUCUGUACUUGUCCUUACAGAGGAUGAGAAAGAUCCAUACAAAAUCCCAACCAAGGGCAAUAUCAGAUCAGCCCUACGUUGGCUUGUUCAUGGUUGUCAGCCAGGAGAUUCACUAGUGUUCCACUACUCUGGCCAUGGCACACGAGUAAGAGACCGUGAUGGCGAUGAGGUUGAUGGGAAUGAUGAAUCACUAUGCCCUGUUGAUUUUGAGACUGAAGGAAGAAUACUAGAUGAUGAGAUUAAUAAUACCAUUGUUAGGCCUUUACCCUGUGGAGCCACACUUCAUGGCAUAAUUGAUACUUGCUUCAGUGGAACUUUCCUGGAUUUGCCGUUCAUGUGCAGAAUAAACAGGGCGGGACACUUCAUGUGGGAAGACCAUCGUAUCAGCACAUACAAAGGUACUAGAGGAGGAACAGCAAUCUCUAUCAGUGCCUGUGAUGAUCAUCAAAAUUCUGGAGAUACAACAGCUUUCACAGGCUUUCCGACAGGUGCCCUGACAUAUAGUUUCAUCAAAACAUUGGAGCAAGAGACCAAAUUGACUUACGGACGCUUACUUAUGAGUAUGCACAAUAAGAUUCAUGAAGCACAGAAAGGAGUAGGCAUGAAUGGUGCAAAUGAAACUCAGGAGCCUCAAUUAUCCGCGUCUGAGCAGUUUGAUAUUCACUCGAAGAUGGUGGCUUUGUAGGAACUUAAAAUAUCCAACUCCAGCAAGAGUACAACUUCCCUGGCAUAAUCUUGUUAUAAUAAAUCUCAGAACUUCUUUUACCAUAUUUGGUUAAGUACUGUGUGACUAAGGCUUCAGUUGCGUAUAGAUUCACUCUUAUACUAAUGUUUGGAAGUGAAUCAUUGUCAUAUAUUUUCCUAUAAACUUUAAUAAUAUUAAAAUAAAGCCCCUAAGAUGUGUUAUUGUCUUGUUA